UCUGCCCCGCGGCGAGCCCGACUGCCGUGGCACAGACCGGCCCCCGGAGUCCCUUGUCUAGAGUAGUGGAGCCAGCCGCAGCCACCAAGUUAGGUGGAGACACCGCGAAGAACGCGGCACCUGAGAGAAGAAGGCGCUUGAGGGUGUUUAGCUGCGUAGGCGUGUUAAACAGACCCUGCCUUCCUCUGGUCGCUGGUGCUGAGCCCUCAGGAGAGCGGGACUUCCUGUCCCUGGAAGGGUGGAGUAUUCGGCCAGACAGAGUCCUUGCACCUUCUCUUAAUUCCUUGGAACCCACUUACCAGCAUGCCACGCAGGCACUCCUCGGCACCCUGUCUUUGGCCCCAGCAGCUCUUCUCCCCGAAACACGAAUAGUACUCCCAAGUUUGUCAUUUGUGGUUAGGGGCCUCUUGGCGCCAGAGUAGCCUCCUCUGCUCCCCCAAUUGAGAAGCUCAGAGGGCAAGGGGACUUUCAGGGUCCAGGAGGACACCAGGACUAGGUUAUUCUCACUUUCCUCUGCGCUGCUGUUUGCUGGAUGAGGUGGUGGAAUUACCUUCAGAGCCUCUGGGGAGUGGUACCUCUUUCUGGAAAGUAGGCUUUGCAUUAUCGCCCACCUGUUGAGAGCGCAGCCCUGAAGAGUUCACGUCUGAGUUCGGGUUGUAGAGCCUUCCCUCCUCAGCUCUUUGGCCCCAAUGAGUUAGCUUGUUAAACUGGAGGGAAGAGGGGGCGGGGCAGGUGCUGAGGGACCCCGGGGAUUCUUGACUUUUGAGUGCAAGAAAGAAUUCUCAUGGAAUCAGAAGAGGUGCGUUAGAAAUGAAACUUGAUUGCAGGUGAGAGGACACAAUAAAGAGUGCAGGCAGAUUCCAGGAAGAAUGGCCCCUUUGGUCUUAAGGCUGCUGUCAGAAAUAUUUGCAGCGCACAUAUCAAAGUUCUGAGAAAGUCUGAUGUCACUUACCCUAGACUUUUGAACCCCAGACCCACGAUAUCUCAGUGUUUGCUUACAUCAUGGGGAUUUACGUGUUGAGCUUCGUUGAAUUCAAUCUGGGAACCACGGACUGAGAUGAUGUCUGAAACAGACUCCAGAAAGGAUGUAGCUGGUCACUACGUCUCCCCCUUUCACGACAUCCCUCUGAAGGCGGAUUCCAGAGAGGAAAAUGGCAUUCCCACAAAGAGAGCGCGGAGUGGUGAAUAUGAGAAUUUGUUUAAUAUGGUUGUGGAAGUACCUCGGUGGACAAAUGCAAAAAUGGAGAUUGCUGCAGAAGAGCCGUUGAACCCCAUUAAACAAGAUACGAAGGGUGACAAGCUGCGCUACGUGGCCAACAUCUUCCCUCACAAGGGCUACAUAUGGAAUUAUGGUGCCCUCCCGCAGACUUGGGAAGAUCCCCAUCGAAAAGAUAAGAGCACAGGCUGCUGUGGAGAUAACGAUCCUAUCGAUGUGUGUGAAAUAGGCUCAAAGGUUCUUCCCCGUGGAGAAGUUAUUCAUGUGAAAAUCCUUGGAAUCUUGGGUCUUAUUGAUCAAGGUGAAACAGAUUGGAAAUUAAUUGCUAUCAAUAUGAAUGACCCUGAUGCCUCGAAGUUUCAUGAUAUUGAUGAUGUUAAGAAGUACAAGCCAGGUUAUUUGGAAGCCACGCUGAAUUGGUUUAGAUUGUAUAAGAUCCCAGAUGGAAAACCAGAAAACCAGUUCGCAUUUAAUGGAGAAUUCAAAAACAAGGCUUUUGCUCUUGAAGUCAUCAAAUCUGCUCAUGAAUGUUGGAAAGAACUGCUGAUGAAGAAGUGUGAUGGAGGUGCUAUAAACUGUUCCCAUUCUUGCCAUCCACGAAUGCUGCCCGCUGCGCUGCCCACUGCCUCUCCGUGUGGCCCAUGGCAGAGCCUGUCCGCUUGCCCAGGUUCUGCUAGUUUCUCCUCAAGCACAAACGUGCACAUGUGUGAAAGCCCGUUCCACUGCUCUCAGGAGGAAGCAAGAUCCUUAGUUCAAUCGGUGCCGUCUUCACCGGGUAAAGAGAGCAACGAGGAAGAUGAAUGAUUUAAAACCACCACAGCAAACCAGCUGCCUGUUUCUCCUUUAUUUUUCUUGAACAGAUUCAUGUGGAACUAACCCUGUUUAUGCACCUGACGCAGGCUUCCGGCUGCCCAGUCUUCCUGGUAAAGAGGACACUUAGCGCUAAGAAAUGACAGCAUCACAAUGCACAAUUCAUAGCACACAGGCAGACGGCGGCCGCUGCUCUGAGGUCCGCCGGGGCCCAGACCACAGCGUGGGCGCGGCCCCGAGGGCUGCUGAGCCUGGAGCGUGUGGUGAACAGGCGUUUCUUAAGACUCUACUUGCUUGAGCAAUGGACUUGUCCCACAGUCCUGUAGGAGACUGUUUUACAGUACAGAAUGUGAGAUGAGCACCAAAGAACCUAUGUUUCGUGGACUAACACAUCCCCCCAAAUCCAGUAAGCCCCACUUUGGAUUGAACUGGCUGGAUUAAAAAUGGACACACUGCUCAUCAGCAGAGGCCUGCGAACAGCAAAAAUAGUUUAAAAGCUUUCCUCAUUUCCUUAAAAAAGUCCCCUUUGCCUUCUAAAAUGAAAGUAAACUUUGU